AUUGGGCUUUCUUUUGAUAUGAAAGCCAUUAGUAGGAGGAUUGCUAAGGUGAUCCGUGAUAUGCAGAGUCUUGGUACACAGCAGGUCAUUGUCAAUGACGGGUAUAUGCAAUCUUUACAAGAAAGAAAGGGAAAUGCGGCAAACAUUUUCUACCGACAAUGAAAGCUUUCUUGUGGGGGUGGAGGAAAACGUUAAGAAAUUGGUCAUUCAUUUGGUGGAGGAAGAAAGCAGUCAAGUUGUUUCUAUAACCGGGAUGGGCGGUAUUGGUAAAACCACCCUCGCAAGACAAGUUUUUAAUCAUGAGAUUGUAAAGAGUCAUUUUGCUGGACUCGUGUGGGUAUGUGUUUCACAACAGUUUACAAGGAACCAUGUGUGGCAGAUGAUCUUGCGGAAACUAAGGCCAAAAUAUAAAGUGUUAGACAUGCCUGAAGACGAACUUCAAGAAAAAAUCUUUCAGGUAUUGGAAACACAAAAAGCUUUGAUUGUUCUUGAUGAUAUCUGGAAAGAAGAAGAUUGGGACAGAAUAAAACCAUUUUUUCCACGGGUAAAAGGUUGGAAGGUACUACUUACUUCACGCAAUGAGGGUGUCGCGUUACGAGCAGAUCCAAAUUGUUUCACCUUUAAACCAAGCUGCCUAACACUCAAAGAGAGUUGGACAAUUUUUCAAAGGAUAGCAUUUCCUAGAGAAAAGACUAUUGAAUAUAAAGUUGAUGAAGAAAUGGAAGAGGUGGGUAAACAGAUGGUCAAACAUUGUGGAGGUUUACCGUUGGCUGUUAUGGUGUUAGGCGGGAUGUUAGCUGGGCAAUACACAUUGCGUGAGUGGAAAAGGAUAUAUGAGAAUAUUAGAUCUCACAUCGUUGGAGGGACUACGUUCAAUGACAGAAAUAUGAGUUCGGUUUAUCAUGUUUUAUAUCUGAGUUUUGAAGAGCUGCCUAUAUAUCUAAAGCACUGCUUCCUCUAUCUUGCCCAUUUUCCAGAAGAUUAUGUGAUAGAUGUGGGGAAUUUGUCCUACUAUUGGGCUGGAGAAGGAAUACAAAGACCGAGGUAUUAUGAUGGAGCAACAAUUCGAGAGGUGGCAGAUGAAUACGUAAAAGAAUUGGUGAAGAGAAACAUGGUUAUAUCUAAAAGAGAUGUUGGUACUUCAAGAUUUGAAACAUGUCACUUACAUGACAUGAUGAGAGAAGUUUGUCUACUUAAAGCUGAAGAAGAGAACUUCCUAAAAAUUGUUAAUGACACAUCAACUACAAAUUCUAAAUCUCCUUGUAAAUCCCGCCGACUCGCCAUAGAUUGGCAUGAUGAAACAUAUCACCCGGUGGGGGAGAUGAAGAAUCCAAAACUUAGAUCUCUCUUGUUUAUGAAGAAGCUCAAUUGGGUGGAAUCAAGAUUAUGCUUUACAAGGCUACAAUUGAUGAGGGUUUUAGAUCUCUCUAGAGCCCAGUUUGAAGGAGGGAAGUUACCAUCUAGCAUCGGAAAGCUCAUCCAUUUGAGAUAUUUGAGUUUAUAUCAGGCACAAGUUUCUCAUCUACCUUCUUCUAUGCGGAAUCUGAAGUUGUUGCUCUACUUAAACAUAUGUGUACAAGAGAGAUGUUCAGUCUACAUGCCAAAUUUCUUGAAAGAGAUGCGAGAAUUGACAUACCUCUCUCUUCCGUGGAGAAUACAUGAUAAGGUAAAGCUAGAAUUGGGUAAUCUAAACAACUUGGAGACAUUGAUGAAUUUCUCAACAAAGCAUGGGACAAUGAGGAAUCUACAGGGUAUGCCAAGGCUAAGAGCACUCUCUAUCUUUAUCAAAGGCGGGUGUAUUUUGGAAACGCUAUCUUCAUCUCUAAGUGAAUUGAGACACUUGGAAAAUCUUUCUAUAUAUGACUACACGACGUAUGCUCCUAGGAAUGAUGAAGGAUUAGUGUUGGAUUCCGUUCAUCUCAAACAAUUGAAGUUGAGAAUAUAUAUGCCAAGGUUACCUAAUGAGCAACAUUUCCCUUCUCACCUUAGAAACAUAUCUCUAACUGAGUGUUGUCUGGAGGAGGAUCCGAUGCCAAUUCUAGAGAAGCUGCUUCACUUACAUGAGGUAAAAUUAUUGAAUAAAUCUUUCUAUGGGAGGAGAAUGGUUUGCUCGGGCGGUGGGUUUCCUCAGUUGGAGAAGCUAUACUUAUUUGGACUAGAGGAAUGGGAUGAGUGGAUAAUAGAAGAAGGCUCCAUGCCGCUUCUUCAUACUCUGACUAUUCGUAACUGUCAGAAGUUGAAGGAGCUUCCUGAUGGGCUGAGGUUUCUCAUUUCCUUGAAGAAAUUAAAUAUCACCUUAGGUAAUUGGGACUUCAAGAAGAAAUUGUCAAAAGGAGGAGAAGAUUACUACAAAGUCCAACACAUUGCUCUUGUUGUGAUUGUAUAAGACUCUUCAAUUAUAGACAAACAUGUAAUAUAUUCUUUACGCAAUCCAAUCAUCUAAGAAACAAUUUGAUAAAGAGAAAGAAAAUGAGGAUGGCUCGACUUCAUU